AUGACAGAGCAGGAGUUUGUUCUCUGCAUGUGGCAGGAGCGUCUGUGGCCAGCAAAGGGCCAGUAUCAAGGGAAUCAUUCCAGGGGGGCUGUGGAGGAGCUGAAGUAUUGUCACUCUCUGAAAAUUGCCCUGGAUAUUUUGAGUCAGGAUGGGUCAGCAGGACAAGGACCACCUGCAGAAGGAGCAAAUCCCCCAUUAUCCCAGGAGAACAAAGCAGGAUCUGUCUCAUCUACCCUCUCACACAGGUCUCACCAGCUCCCUCAGCCUAAAGAGAAGCUGGGAAGUGAGGCUUCCAGGGGGAAGAGAAGACAGAAAAAUAACCUCAGCUUGAAGAGUGAUGGGAAGAGGCAAAAGGAGAAGGGGUCCUUUCUUCCCAAGAACACUAAAGGACACACAGCAGCACCUGCCAGGGGGGCACCCACCAGGAGCCCCCCCAGAAGGACUGGACCUGGAAGGAAGUUACCAGAUUCCUCCUGUGAAAUUGCCUCAGGUGACUUGGAAAAAGGCCUCAGCACUGAGACUGAAGGUGUGGGGGAGCAGCUGGAGGGAGAACAGCCAAGGUGUUUGAAACAGGUUAAUGGAGAGCAAGAGAGUGGGGCAGGGGUGUCCUCUGAUAAGAAAAGGAACAGCAGGAAUUGCCCCCAGUCUUCAUCUGGACCUUCCAACCUUGGGGCCUGUUCCAGGAGUGUCCCUGCUCAGCCAGAAGAGGAGGAAAAUAAGAGCCUUUCCCCUGUGGUUCUGAGUAAAGUGAAGCAGUUUCAGCUGCCUGACUUUGAGGAGGAUGAAGGGCUGGAACCAUCUGCCCUGUCUUCAGAGAUUGUUUCCUCAGAGAGUCUCUCUCGCCUCUCACCACUGGUAGAUGAAGAGGAGGAAGAGGAGGAGCUUCCCAGUAUUUUAUCAGUCCAAGAGCCCGAGUCGAUCGAGGAGGGGAUCCUGGUCUGGUGCAAGAUGGGGAGGUAUCCCUACUGGCCGGCCGUGGUGAAGACGGUGCGGCGGAAGCUCCGCCGGGCCUCGGUGCUGCUGAUCGAGGGGGACGCCAGCACCAAGAAAAAGGGUUUCUCUGUGUCUCUGAAGAACCUGAAACACUUUGAUUGUGAAGAAAAGCAGGACCUGAUAGAGCAGGCCCGGGAGGGUUAUCGGCAGGAGAUCGAGUGGUGCAUCCGCCUCAUCGCCGACUAUCGCAUCCGAGUGGGUUGUCAUUCCUUUACGGGAUCCUUCUUGGAGUAUUUUGCUGCUGACAUCAGCUACCCAGUCAGGAAGGAAGGCUACCAAGGCCCAGCCCAAGUCACCUUUCCCAGUGCAGCAGAGGAAGAUCAUAAAGAGCCUCCAGAAGCUUCACCUGAGAAGCCCUCCAAGAAACUCCUUCCUGACAGAACACGAGCUGCCAGAGACAGGGCCAAUCAGAAGAUUGUGGAGUUCAUAGUGAAGACCAAGGGGGCUGAGGAGCAUCUCCUGGCCAUUCUGAAGAGCAGGAAACAGUCCCGCUGGCUGAAGGAGUUCCUGAACUCCAGGCACUAUGUGACCUGCAUCGAGACCUACCUGGAGGAUGAAGAGCAGCUGGAUCUGGUGGUGAACUACCUGAAGGAGGUGUACAGGGAGAUGGACACCAAGGGCCUGCACCAGAUCAAAGGGGAUGGGAUCAAAUUUAUCUCUGACGUCCUUUUGCCUGAAGCCAUCAUUUAUGCCAUUUCUGCUGUGGAUGACAUUGAUUACAAGAAGGCAGAAGAGAAAUACAUCAAAGGACCAUCUGUGAGCAAAAGGGAGAGGGAAAUAUUUGAUGAAGAAAUUCUGGGAAGGAAGAAGCAGAAGAUCAAACCAGAGGCUGCCACCAGCACCUGA